UUAUUCAGUGAAAUUCAGUUACCAACUAAAAAUGUUUGUACAUUACCUUUUAUUUUUUUUACUUCUAAAAGAAUGUUUAUUGAUUGACCUAUGCGAAAAAUCUGAAAAUUGUAAAGAGUGUAUAAGAAAUCCGAAUGUUUGCGUUUGGUGUGCUGCUAAAGCGUUUAACCGUACCAGAUGUAUCCCUCGUUCUUCGUAUGAGGCAGAUUGGUGUCCUGAGUCGGUACCAGUCAAUGAACUCUCGAAUAGUAUAAUGAUUGAAUCGAACGAGAACAAACAAAUCAAACCGUUGAAAUACGAAAUGAAACUUCGUAUAGGUGAACCACAAAAGUUCAAUUUCACCUACGAUUUCAAGGACAAUCCCGUUGAUGUGUAUUUCUUGUUGGAUGCCUCCGCUAUGAUGGGAACGAAAAUAAAGAAUAUUGCAAGCAAAGCCGACGGCCUUUACAAAACCCUGGAGACUCUGACGAACGACUUUACUUUAGGAGUGGGUACAUUUAUAGAUAAAAACACGUGGAAGGAGAAUGGUAAAGAAAGCUACUCAUUCGCUCAUGAAUUGAGUUUGACAAAAGACCAUCAGAAAUUCGUUACUGCUUUAGAAUCCACACCCACGGGCUACAAUCGUGAUCCACCAACUGGAUGCCUGGACGCUAUAGCCCAAGCUAUUGUCUGCGAUAAGCUUAUUGGAUGGCGUGAAAAAUCUAGAAAGAUCAUAGUCGUUCUAACCAACAACAAUUACCAUGACGCCGGCGACGGAAGAGUAUCCGGUAUAUUUGAGCCAUAUGACGGACAGUGUUACACGGAUUUAAAGAACAAAAGAUAUAAGAGAGAAUUGACAAUGGAUUACCCUAGCGUUGGCAUGAUUAAUAAACUUGUCGAUCAUUACAAAGUGACAGUACUGUUUCUAGUUGAAUCAACUGUGAAAUCAGCUUACCAGAGUUUGUCAGAUGUGAUAUCUGGUUCGUACAUAGACGACUGGGUCAAUGAACCGAUUAAUCCAUACGACACUACAGGUCAAACUUUAAAGAAAAUAUACAAGCAAAUCAUUGGAAACGUCACGCUGAACGUGGAUAUUAAAGCGAAAAAUAUUGAAAACGUGAAGAUACACUUAAGUCCUAACUGCACUAAAGGAAACUACGAUAAGAACUGCCUGGUCAAAACAGAUCAAUCUAUAAAAUUUGAAGGGUCAGUCGAGAUUCUUAACUACGACAGUGCGGACAAUGUUUCGGUCGAAUUUUCGGUACAAGGACUGGCUGAGAAAUUAUCAAUCGAUAUUGAUGUUAUAAGUGAUUGCCGGUGCGAAGGAAAUGAAAAAUCCUCGGGAUAUUGCAACGGCAGACCUCUUGAGUGCGGACAGUGCUUAUGUGACGACGGAAACUCUGAAUGUAAUUUCGAAGGAAGCAUUUGCAGCGGUCACCCGUGUUUCUGCGGUAUCUGCCACUGUACCUAUCCAUACACAGGAAAAUACUGUGAAUGCAACAGUCUUGACUGUGAAAAAAUUACGAGCGGCAACGGUGAAUGUGUUGAUGGUAAAUGUCAAUGCAAAGACGAGUGGUCCGGGAUAACAUGUUCUUGUCCCAAAUCAAACAGCACGUGCAAAGGAAACGAUAAUCGCGUUUGCAACGAUUACGGUUUUUGCUUAUGCGGCAAGUGUGAAUGCCACGAAUUAAGCGACUGGGAUCCUCGGCAGCUAGAUUCACUGUGCGCCCUAUCUCCUUGCGCCGACUGUCACAAGAAGCAAUGUAUAAAACUUAGUAGUCACGUCCUGCGUUUCAACAAUGAAGAUCUCAACGAAUACAGCCGUCCCUAUAUAAAAAUGAAUAGCAGCGAUUCGCUUGAGGACCCUUUGGAUCCGAGUUGGAAUUUAUGCCCGGAACUGAGGAUGGAAAACGGCUGCUAUACGACUUUUGCAUAUAAAUAUCAAGGUGGUUACGGGAUCGAAUUAUUGAUACAGAAAAACAAGAAUUGCGAUGAGAAUAUUUUAAAGCUGGGCGUGAUAGUAUCUGUAACCGUCAUCUUGGUAGGGAUCGGAACAUUGGUUGUUUGGAAAUUGAUGACGAAGUAUCACGACAGGAAGGAGUACAUGGAACUGAUGAAACAGUACAAUCCAGAUCAAGGGGCCCGUACCAAUAAGCUGUACAUAGAUCCAUGUGUGACUUUCAAGAAUCCGUCUUAUAGAGCGGAUCCUAUUACGGAAAGCUAGAAACAGAAACCAGCCUUAGCUGUGUUUAUAAGAAGACAACACCGAGGAGCCUGGACAUUGCAAGCCAACGAAAUGGUUUGCAGGAAAUUGACAGAUAUCUCUUCCUAGAAUCUAUCAUCUAAACAUGUUUUUUAAUAGUUCAUAAUAAUUAGUAAUAAUAAUUUGUAGUUUAGAAUGUAUUAAUCAUAAUCAAUAUGUUAGAGCGUCAUUAUAAAAUUAUUGAAUUGUUAUCGGUCUUUGAUGCCUGUGUAAAUUUUCAAGUUAACAAGUAAUCUUGAAAUUCGCGAAAAUGACGGUCAAAGAUACAGUCGUAAAAAUAAAGCUACUUGCAUACUACUAAAUAAAAAAAGCAUGUUCAAAUGCAAUUAUUGUAAUUUAGCAAAAUUUGUAAUUAAAUAAUUUUAAAUACAAAUGUCAUAGGAUAUAUAUUUAUUUUGUAACUAAAUACAUGUAGAUAAAUCGCAAGCUCAAGCAGUGAAUCAUUCAGAAGUUCUUUUGUAGGCUAAAUCCUAUAGAUAGGUAUUCAGUUUUUUUUUCUUUUCUAGGUUCACUUUUUCGCUUACAAUUUAAUUU